UCCAUUGACGCCCUAAACAAAAAUAAGACGCCGGCGAGUGUGUGGAUUCGUCACUUUCCUCCUUUUGUAACCGAACCACUCCAAUAAAAGAAAAUUUCCCGAGAUUAUAAUUUUCUCUUUAAUUCACUUUCUCUCUCUCGUUUCAUCUCUUCUCUUCUUCGGAUUUGUGUUGUGAUAAUAUCAAUCGGAACUCUCGAUUCGUUUUUUUUUUCUUCUUUCUGGCGGACCGGUUUGUGGUUUUAUUUGAGCAUUCCCGAUCUUGCCUAGAGUUUGUUUCCACGGAUCAGCUUCUUUUAAACCCUUCUCUAGGUUUUGAAUAGCAUUCUCUUUUGUAAACUCCUCAGAUUAUAUCGCAGAUUCUUUCGUAGUUUUUGUAAAAGGUCGAUUUAGGGUUUGUCUUGUGUCUUAAUAAGUUUUCGAGAUCGAGAUUUGUGAUGAAUAAUAAUAACAGAGGAAGGUAUCCACCGGAGGUUGGAACCGGACGUGGUGCGCCGCCGAAUCCUGAUUAUCAUCAGUCGUAUCGGCAGCAACAGCCUCAAGAUCAGCAGCAUCAGUAUGUUCAGCGCGGCUACCCGCAGAUGCAACUGCAGCAGCAACAACAACAGCAGCAGCACCAGCAGCAACAGUGGUCAAGACGCCCUCAGAUUCCUGGUAACGCCAAUAACGCUAAUGAGGUUCAGAAGACGUCUCAGUCCGAAGCUACCAGCGAACCUAAUGGCCAAGAUUGGAAGGCAACGUUAAGGCUCCCACCUCCUGACACACGUUAUCAGACUGCGGAUGUGACCGCUACUAAAGGAAAUGAAUUCGAAGAUUACUUUCUGAAAAGAGAUCUGUUAAAGGGAAUUUAUGAGAAGGGUUUUGAGAAGCCAUCUCCAAUUCAAGAAGAGAGCAUUCCAAUUGCUUUAACUGGUAGUGAUAUUCUUGCUAGAGCCAAAAACGGCACAGGAAAGACUGGUGCCUUCUGCAUUCCAGUCCUCGAGAAAAUUGAUCCAAAUAACAAUAUUAUUCAAGCCAUGAUUCUAGUGCCAACGCGAGAACUGGCCCUUCAGACAUCACAGGUCUGCAAGGAGCUUUCCAAGUAUUUGAAUAUCCAGGUAAUGGUCACCACUGGCGGUACCAGUCUGAGAGAUGAUAUCAUGCGACUACAUCAACCUGUACAUCUGUUGGUUGGAACUCCUGGAAGAAUAUUGGAUCUUACAAAAAAGGGUGUGUGUGUUUUGAAAGACUGUGCAAUGCUUGUAAUGGAUGAGGCCGACAAGCUUUUGUCUGCAGAAUUCCAACCUUCUCUAGAGGAAUUGAUACAGUUUCUGCCACAAAAUCGUCAAUUUUUGAUGUUUUCCGCCACAUUUCCUGUCACUGUCAAGGCUUUUAAGGAUCGCCAUCUCCGGAAGCCCUAUGUUAUCAAUCUCAUGGAUCAACUCACGCUUGUGGGUGUCACACAAUAUUAUGCCUUUGUUGAAGAAAGACAGAAGGUUCACUGCCUCAACACACUUUUCUCUAAGCUGCAAAUAAAUCAAUCGAUAAUCUUUUGCAAUUCUGUCAAUCGAGUGGAGCUGUUGGCUAAGAAAAUCACAGAACUUGGUUAUUCAUGCUUCUACAUUCAUGCAAAGAUGGUUCAAGACCAUAGAAACAGAGUGUUCCAUGAGUUCCGCAAUGGUGCUUGCAGGAAUCUCGUCUGCACUGAUCUUUUUACUCGAGGAAUAGACAUUCAAGCUGUGAAUGUAGUGAUCAACUUUGAUUUUCCUAGGACUUCCGAGUCGUAUCUACACAGGGUGGGACGAUCAGGACGGUUUGGACACCUUGGAUUGGCUGUGAAUUUGGUGACAUACGAGGACCGCUUCAAAAUGUAUGCAUUUCCUUCUUUCCACUGUUCUAACUGGAUUUUGUUUCGUUAUAGUUUUCUUAGUCAUUUAUCAUGUUUUGAAAACAGGUAUCAGACUGAGCAAGAACUUGGGACUGAAAUCAAGCCAAUUCCAUCUAAUAUCGAUCAAGCAAUCUACUGUCAGUAAACUUGUAACAUUGCAUGAAACGUUUCUCCACCCGAAGAGAGACACGGGUUGAUUUAAAUGGUGGUUUCUCAAAGCUCGAUGCGGAGGAGAUGAGGCAACAAGUACUUGGCGGUUCAUGUAAAGACUCGUGUUACAGAGUUUGUUUGGUUUCUAAUCUCUUUCUAGACGUUUUAUAUUUCCUGGUUCUAUGAAACCUUUUUACGUUGCACUUUAUGACUCCUCUUUUGACUUGGCUAGUAAUAAAAGAUAGAACGUAUGACCCUCCUCUCUGUUUUGUUUUUGUGUUGGGCUUUGUUUGGAAUUAUGGGCCUCAGCGCAUUUAGGAUUUCUAAAUCGUGAAAGUUGCACUUUGUUUAUUUUA